AUGGCCUACCUCGAGAUGAUUAAAGUUUGCUCAUGGUCAGAUACUGCUAAGAAAAUCCUCAAGUCCUCCCCUCUAACGGUUUCGUCUUCUCUUUUGCCCAAAGAUUUGGAUUGUUGCUUCCAAUUCCAUGUUUACUUUGCAAAAGAACAUUUGAAUGUUUUAAUGUUGAACAUUACAACUCUAAGAAAUAUAUCAAAAACACAAAUAUGGCAUGAAAUCUUGAAAACGCAAAGAUUAAUUCAAGAAAAAGAGUUUGCUGAAGCUACUUAUACUCCUGAAGCUGAGUUGGAUGUCUACAUUGACCACCAAAAUGAUCCAAUCCUUGAUUGGGCUGAAAAUGAGGUGUUAUCAGAUGAAAACGAAGAAGAGGAUGACAAUGAAGAAGAGGAUCACAAGGAAGAAGAGGAUGACAAUGAUGAAUAUGAUAACUUGGAUGAUAUUAUCGCAUAUGAGCAUGAAGUUGAUGAAGAAGUCCAUACCUUUCACAAAACUGUUGGUGACGAUUUUUUAAACAAACUUUUAGUUUUUGGUAAGCUUAGUGGUGAUGAUGAACAUAAUGAUGGAAAAGAUGAUAAGGUUGUAUUCCCUGUCCAUGAUGAGAAUCAAGAAUGGGAUAAGAUGGUGCCAAUUCUAGGUAUGAAGUUUGUUAACCCAAUGCAAUUGAAGCUAUGUAUAACCAAUUAUGCAGUGAAGAAUGGGUAUGAUUUAUGGGAUUACUUGAGGCUGUCAAGGAAAGGGUGCCUGCAGAAGAGCAUAGACAAUGUGCCAGACACAUAUGUGCUAACUUCAUGA